AUGAAAGAGCUCUCAAGGCUGUUCGCAUUGCCUGCGAGCCUUGUCGCGCUCACUCUGUCCCAAUGCGCUGAGGGCCAAGAGCUUCAGUGGCCGCAUAAUCUUCCUCGAACCGCGAAAUACUACCCGGAGCAUGAAGCGCAUGUCAAGAGAGGGCUCGAAGCGCAAGAGCGAUUGCAAUGGGAUAAGCCGGCUGCUGUGAAGAAGAUGGGUCAAGAUCCUGGGGAGAAGUUCUAUCUUGAUUACUGGCAGUUUGCGCCUGAGUCUGAAACGUCAGAUGGGAUGCGCCGGCCCAUCGUUUACGAUGAUCUGGCCGAGUAUACCUACUCCUCGAGCACUUGCUUGCUUCUUAGUCCGCUGGCACCGCAUACAAACCACGAAAGAAUAGGCUUCUCACUCUUCGGGAGGGGUUUGUUCACGCGCGACUUCGAAUGUCCUGCAAAUACAGUUUCUUGCAGCAACAUCAACUCGGACCUGUGUUGCAAUAAUGGCGAGACUUGCGUCAACACAUCGAACGGGGUGGGAUGCUGUCCUAGCGGUGCAACUUGCGGGAACAAUGUCGCAGGCUGCGAUACCGCUGGAGGUUAUACCAGCUGCCCCGACAGCGAUACUGGAGGAUGCUGCGUUCCAGGAGCGAGGUGCUUGGAUACUGGAUGUGUCUUUUACGGCACACAGACUGUCACGACCACUCUACCUACUGCCACGGCCACAACAGGCACUGUAAACCCGACUACAAUGUCUUCCGAGACCAGCGAUCGAGGCACCACGGUCAUCGUCACAAGCGGCUAUACCACGACCGUCACUAUCAGUGGCGACGAUAAUACCGUGACCACGACCGUAGUGUCUCCAACGACGAUUGUCAUCGCCCCUGUUCCCAGCUCUGGAUCUUCUUCCACAUCUUCAACAUGUACGAGCGGCUUCUUCAGCUGUGCAUCCGAGGAUGGAGGUGGGUGCUGUCGAAAUGGGCAGUCAUGCCAGAGCGAUGGCUGCAAGGAUGUCACGACAACCACGACAGCGACAGCUUCAGCUCCGUUCCGGCCAACCAGUGGAGCUACAACAUCAGACACCUCCAUCUCGGCAGCCGACACGACCAUCACGACAUCCACCACGCCAACAAAUACAGCUGGUUGUCCAACUGGCUUUUACAUGUGUUCAGCUGUCUAUCUUGGCGGGUGCUGUCGAGUGGAUCGCAACUGCGAUACGACAUCCUGCCCAACGUCCGAUUCCACCGAAGUCAUAACAUCUGGACUGACGAUUGCCGUGACUGCAACAACAGACUCGUGUGCGAAUGGCUGGUCAUCGUGUGCGGCUAGUGAUGGCGGUGGGUGCUGUCCAACGGGCUUCGCCUGCGGGUCAGUCUGCGUGACGAGUUCGGGCGAUCAGACUCAAACACUGGCAAAGGAGUCACCAUCAUCGACGACCACCAGUCGUGCGGCGGUAAUUGGUACUGGAAGAUGGCUCUGGACGUUUGUUGGACUCGGGUUGACCGCGGGUGUUGGGAUGAUAUGCCUAUAA